AUGUCCGAAGCCGUGAUUGAGGGAAAUCCAGAAUUUGAAAAACAGCUGUAUGGAAAGGCUGAUGCAGUGACCUGCUGGGACACGAUUGAGCAUUAUGUUCCUGCCAAGUAUUCCCAGAAUCAGACGAUGCAGGAUGCUAUUUAUACCCAACUCUUUCGUCUGAUUCAAAAGUGUCUCCGUCCUGACAGCAAGGUUGGUCGAGCCUGGACAUCCUGUUUGCAUUAUGCCCCCACCAAGCCAAGCUGGAAGCGCAGCUUCAAUGACUAUUUGUUGGACAAGUUUCAUUCUGGAUGUUACCCUGAUUAUACCAAUCGACAAUUGACUCAGAAUGCAGAACGUGCCAGCAUGAAGCAAAUUUUGGAGAGGAACUUGACGGAGGAUUACUACAUGACAUCUGUCUUGUCUCCAGAGCACUUUGGGCGUCACAAAAUGAAGUUGACAUUCUAUCGUUUUGUGGUGGUGUCCUGUGGAUUGUGUUUGAUCCAACUGGAUCCAACGUUACAUUGUGUCAACAAGAAGCUCUGCGAUGUGAUCAAUUUGAUCCAGAAAAAAUUGGAAGACUCACCCAUCAAGCUUUGUGGAUCAGUGGGAAGAGGUGCUAAAGAGGGAAACUGA